AUGAAAAAUGGAAAAAUAGUCGAGCAUGGCAAGCACGAGGACCUUUGUCAGUGGAACAAAGAAUAUGAUGAACUGAUAAAAUCAUUUGACAAAAAGUAUCGCGGUAAUUCGCAAUUACUAGUUGAUUCUACAACUAAUACAAUUAAAAGUAAGCGGCUCACUUCUACGGCAGUUUCUUCGAGCAAUAUUAAUUUAAUAUUCAAUAGAGAAGAAACUGAGUUUGAUAUUACAAAAGGAGUUUAUGGAGUUCAGGCUAUAGAUUAUCGAGUCGGUGGAAAAUAUCUCAGUGAAUUUGUUUGUGCAAUGGCUUUGUUGUAUUCUAUUCCAAUUGCUGCUAGUCCUUUAAUUUUUUUUUACAUCUCUCAGGAAAUAUUCAAUGCAGCCAAAAAAAUGCACGAGAGGUGGCUAAAAAAAAUAAACCGUGCCCACAUAUCAAUAUUCUCAUCAGUGUUUCCUUCAGCAUUGAUAAACAUAUGCAGUCAUGAUUUACAAGAAGUGGACCAUACAUUACCAAAGUUAAAAAUAACAAUACUUAUGCACUUCGGAAUCAUUUUGUUCACCAUAACAAUUCUUGGGAUAAUUUGUCCUUGGUUAUUAUUACCGAUGGCAAUAUUUGUUUCUGUAAUUAUAAUUUAUCAAUUAUAUUUACGUCGAUUGAUCCUCGCGCUAAAUGAAUCAAAAAUAGACUCGAUCACGCCAAUUUACAAUCACGUUGUCAACACCGUGACUGAAAGAGCGACGAUUCAGGCGUACAGGAAAGAAAGAGAGUUUGUUAAAAAAUUUAAUAAAUUCUGCGACGCAAAUGCUACUUAUGAUUUCAUGAUCAAAGCAACCAAGUUAUGGAUAGAGUUUAGGAUUAAAUUUAUUUCAGCAAUUACUCUGGCUGUAGUAAUUGUUAUUUGCGCGGUUGUUAACGGGGUAAAAGAUCGCUAUCAAGUAUUAGGACUGGCUUUUAUUUGUACUAUUCAAUUGACGCAGAGUAUUGUCCAUCUUACCGCAGCGAUUAUUGAUGCCUACGGCAGUCUUAUGACUGUUGGUUACAUUGAUAAUUAUAUUCAGAAUAUUCCACAGGAGAUAAGAGAUAAUAUUGAUAGACGUGAUUGGCCGCUGAUACCAAGUAUUCAUUUUCAGAAUGUACUGUUAAUUAAUUCAACAGAUCAUGAGCCAUUGAAUUUUUCAAUUUAUGCUGGAGAGAAAGUUGGAAAUUUAAAUAUCGUUGAUAUAAACAUCGACGUACUGAGACAAUACGUAGAUUACAUACCCAGAGUACCUAUUCUUUUUAAUGGUACUAUAAAGUACAAUUUAGAGUCAAAUAAUCGUCGUACUGACAAAGAAAUAAUGGAUGCGCUACAAAAAGUAUUUCUUUGGGAAAAAAUAUCUAAAUUUGAUAACAAAUUGGACAGCAAUGCAAGUAAUUUAUUUAGUGUGACUGAAAAAAAAUUACUAUCACUUGCCCGUAUUUAUUUAAACUCCACAGUCUUCAAUCGAAGUAUAAUAAUUAUUGAAGAUUUGGAGCCAGACACUGAGUUGAUAAAUAAUAUUUUACAAGACGUGUUUAAAGAUUUUACCGUAAUUGUGUUAUCGAAUUCACCCAAUUGGAAUGCUAAGCGUAUUAUUAAGUUACAACAUUCAAAGGAAACAAGAGCGUUAAAGUCUAACAAUUUAUUGGCUUGUACAAAAAAAUAA